AAUGAAGGGUUGAUUCUAUUUACCCCUUCCCAUUUCUAGUUACUACCAUUGCAACUUUAGGCUUGGAGUUAGUUGUCUAACCACUUGGCUUCCCUGCCUCCAAUCUGUGUUUCUAAGCCAUUUUACAGACUCCUGGCCCUAAAGGACUGCUUUCCCAUAUUUCCCUGACAAAGAGGUUACAGAGUCCUUAAAUCCUAGCCUGCUUGUCCAGUUGUGCUCCCACUGCUAACCAUUACUGCCCAACCUGCUCUAAUAAUGCUGCCCUAUUUCCCUUGUAUUUAUCCAUCUCCCUCCCAUCUCUAAUCUUCAACUUUGUCCUUUUUGUUUUGGGUAACAUAGGCACAUAAUGGAUAUUUUAAAAGAACAGAAGAAUAUGCAGUGAAAAAUUCUAUUCUGUAGCCAUCCAGUACGCGCUCCCUGCAGAAAAAGUGCAUAUGAGUCUUUCAAAAUCUGAACCCAGCCUAGCCUACCAUCAUACUCCUUUCCAUCAUACUUGCUUCAAGAAAGCUCAAAUGCUCACUGUUUUUGUUUUCCUAGAGGACCCUGUUCCCAUUGCUUGGAUGGCCUUCAUAAAGCCCUCAUUGGAUUAGCAUUUCCUUUUCUGAACUUGCACUUUACUUGCAACAAGUCUGGUUGCUCCUGAAGUCAGUACAGGAUCUACGUGCUUGCCACAUAGAGUUCGGUAUAAACCACAAAAGGUCAUAAACGGAACAGCUACCACACUGAGUAAAGGAAUGGGUCUCUGCAAAAGAACAAACUGACCAGUUCUUUGUCCCUGAUGCCUUCUCCUUUCUCUGCACCCCUUCUUGCCCCAGAUUGCCAACUUCCCUUGUCUUCCGGAGCAGGAAACCAGCAGUGCACAAAAAAGAGCCUACGUACCUUCAAGCGAAAUUGCGCGGAAGGAUGCUGGGAGAAUUUUGUCCCCUCUGCUCCCCGUCUCUUUAGUCGCAGGGCGAGCACUGCGUCGGCGUGCGUGCCUGCGCAGCCGCAGGGCCAGGCGAGUGGGCGGGGCCGGCUGUUGGCGGCGGUUGGCGUGGCCGAGGAGGCGGCUGCACGUGCGGGCGGGGGCGAUGCGUCACUGAUCGGAGGAACAAGGAUGAAUAUGACUCAAGCCCGGGUUCUGGUGGCUGCAGUGGUGGGUCUGGUGGUUGUCCUCCUCUACGCCUCCAUCCACAAGAUCGAGGAAGGACACCUGGCUGUGUACUACAGGGGAGGAGCUUUACUAACUAGCCCCAGUGGACCAGGCUAUCAUAUCAUGUUGCCUUUCAUUACUACGUUCAGAUCUGUGCAGACAACACUACAAACUGAUGAAGUUAAAAAUGUGCCUUGUGGAACAAGUGGUGGGGUCAUGAUCUAUAUUGACCGAAUAGAAGUGGUUAAUAUGUUGGCCCCUUGUGCAGUGUUUGAUAUCGUGAGGAACUACACUGCAGAUUAUGACAAGACCUUAAUCUUCAAUAAAAUUCACCAUGAACUGAACCAGUUCUGCAGUGCCCACACACUUCAAGAAGUUUACAUCGAAUUGUUUGAUCAAAUAGAUGAAAACCUGAAGCAAGCUCUGCAGAAAGAUUUAAACGUCAUGGCCCCAGGCCUCACCAUACAGGCUGUGCGUGUUACAAAACCCAAAAUCCCAGAAGCCAUAAGAAGAAAUUUUGAGUUAAUGGAGGCUGAGAAGACGAAACUUCUUAUAGCUACCCAGAAACAAAAGGUGGUGGAGAAAGAAGCUGAGACAGAGCGGAAAAAGGCUAUUAUAGAAGCAGAGAAGAUUGCACAAGUGUCAAAAAUUCAGUUUCAGCAGAAGGUGAUGGAGAAAGAAACUGAAAAGCGCAUUUCUGAAAUUGAAGAUGCCGCGUUCCUGGCCCGAGAGAAGGCAAAAGCAGAUGCUGAGUAUUAUGCUGCACAUAAACAUGCCACCUCAAACAAGCACAAAUUGACCCCGGAGUAUCUGGAGCUCCAAAGAUACCAGGCCAUUGCUUCUAACAGUAAGAUCUACUUUGGCAGCAGCAUCCCUAGCAUGUUCGUGGACUCCUCGUGUGCUCUGAAAUAUUCAGAUGUUAGGACUGGAAGCAAAAGCUCUCCUCUCCUCUCUAAGGAGGCUCUGGAAGCCUCUGGAGAGAGCCCCAUCCAAAAGAAGGAGAGCAUAGGUUGAUGCAAGAUGUGGAAAUGUUCUCCCAUAUCAAGAUGUGGCCCAAGGGGUUAAAUGGGAACAAUGGUUUUACGACUCUCCCUGCUCGUCUGUUCUGCCUCUCCUGUGGUAGUCCUGGCUUUUCAGCUGAUUCCAGGAUAGAGCCAGCUGUCUGACACCCAAAUGGUCUUUUCAGCCACAGUUUUAUCAAGUAUGCUGUGUGUUCCUUUCUAAACUGGUACUCAUGAAUGAGGGAAAGUCUGAUGCUACGGUACUGCCUGCACUGGAAUGUUAAACACUAAAUACAUAAUAAGCUGUGUUUUCUAAGCUGAGAUCUAUUGAAUAAUGUUUACAAUGGUCCCCGGGGAAAUGUGUGCUCUGCCAUUCAAGAGAGAGAAGGCCAGAGAGGAGCCGGCCAGGAUGUGGUAAGUGUAACGAAGACUCAUUACACCUGGGACCCAGGCUGUCUUUAGGGUCCGGUCUCAGCACUCAUCCAUGUGAUUGAUUAGCAGCUAGUCCGCUGAAGUUCCCCAGGAAAUGAUCUUCCACUUGAGCAACCAUUUACUUGAUAGAUUUGCACUUUUUUGUUUUCCUACAGUCAAGUUGGUGGCCUGCUGAGACAUGUAGCUUGCCACUCAACCAGAGAUUCCUCCUCGAGAUUCCUAAUCACAAGUUUUGUGCAUUAGUAGGCUCAGAGAUAGAGCUUGGUUUGACGUUUGGGGUGAGAUGAAACCUUUACUUGGAACCAAAGCUCGGGGGCCUUGCAUACUCAAUUGAGUGGUGACUGUGUCACUGCCCUAGGCCAUGUGUGACGAAGGUGCCUGGUUUCUAGCUACAGACAACUCCUUAUGUGUCACCUCUCAGCUCUGGCUAGCCAAGAGCGGGACAGGGCUUCAACCAGAAAUAGCAGCAUACAUACAGUUCCUAGCUGUUCACUGCACAGUAUUGUGUCAUAACUGCAGGAAGUUUUUAUUUUGAAAACUGGAUUUGGGGUACAUUUAUUUGCCCCAGUACCUCUGCCUAAAGGCCAAUUUCUAGGCUGCCAUGGUUACUAGCACACCAGUUCUCCUUCUCAAUAUUGUUCAUCAGGAGCCCAGUGGUGUGGAACAAAGAGUAACUUAGAAAGCAUCCUUGGUCAUCUUUGUCUCCUGCCCUCCUGGCUGUGAGAUGCAGAAAUCAAAGUUCUCCAGCUUUCUUUCACCUUCCCUAGGAGAUAGAAUCCCACUGACUUCUGGGGCAGCCAGUGGAUUUAAUCUUCCAUAAGAGGAUGACAGAGAGCCUGUGGCUGUGGGCAACCUAGUUCGUCUGGACUUCUUUCUCCCUGAGAUUAACUUUCCUGAAAUAGCGUGCCCAUAGUUAGGCCUGAUGUGAGCAGCUUACGACACCUUUUGUGUAGACUAUGUUCAAGCCAGACAGAAAAGUCCUGGGACCACUUCCAGCAACCUUCCAGCCGACCUUCAGUCCCGUCAGGCUCAUGACAGCUUGUGGGUUGUGCCAAACACUAUAUGGGAAAGGAGUCCCAGAUUUGAGCGGGUCUUUUCCCUGGGCCUUAUCCUAUAGAGACGUUUGUAAUAUGGAGAGAAUCAUUUUUUGUUUUUGCUCAUUUAAUUGUAUACAUUCUCUUUAUGACUGAAUUUUGUGUUCUCUAGCCCUCCUUAAAAGAAUUUUUGAACUAUAAAAAUAAACUCUUCACCUGUCA